AUGUCAACAGCAAACGAGGAUCAUCUGCUUGAGAUUCUGGAUGCACACGGGCAAGAGUUUCUCAAGGUCCAGAGCUCUCCCCACGCCCCCCAAAAGCUUGCAAAGCUCGAAUCACCUUCAGACUCUGACUCGGAUGAAGAGGAAUGGGGCGGCAUCCAAGCUGCAGACGACUUCGAACAGGAUGACGAUGAAUUCACUUCCGACCUGCCGCAAAAUGUGGUCCAUUUCGCGGGUCCAAGUACCACUAAAUCAAACCAGAGUUUCUCCGCUGCGCAGAAAAAGGCUUUUUUAUCGUCAAAAGUAUCCAAGCUCAGCGACUUCUCUUCUCAGCCAGGGCGAACUUCUACCCAAGUUGAUGAUGAAGAAGAGCGGACGAAUGCCCAGAACGACGCUCUUCUUCACCGCCUCGUCCACACAAAAUUGCUUUCUGGCUCAUUGAAUGAAGAACUGGAUUUAACCUCUGCGCAACGGAAAAAAGCGCUUGCCGGUCGCGUUAUGGAACUGGCAGGAGGCGCAAGGCUAGGCAAGGGAGAAAAACGGGUCAGAGAAGGUGAAAGGAAUAAAGCCUCGAAACAUGUAAGGGAGGGCCUAGUGAGGAAACAGAAGGAACGUCAAGCCAAACACCUUGAAGAGGCCAAAAAUAUGGGCAACUACCAUCCCACAAUCAAAAAGUUAUUCGAAGAUACGAAGAGUACAACGAAACGUCGAGAAAGGGGAAUGGGGAUGGGAGUUGGAAGGUUCAGUGGGGGAAUGCUCAAGCUCGGCAAAGACGACAUCAGUCGAGUUCAAAAUGGCGCGUUCAGUCAGGGAGGAAACAAAGGUGGCCGCAAACGGCGGUAG